AUGACUCAUCGAGGAGCCACUGGGGCUGAUUCUCGCGACGGCGAUGGCGCAGGUGUCAUGAGUGGCAUCCCGCACGAAUUCUUCAAGGCAGAGGCAGAACGCCUCCUCGAUGCUCCUCUCCCUGCCGCAGGCCAGUACGCGGUCGGAAAUCUGUUUUUGAACCCAAAGGACACCAACGAUCAAGAAAAACACAAGUCCAUCUUUUCCAAUAUCGCUGCGGACCUUGGUUUGCGCGUUCUGGGCUGGCGAAGGGUGCCGACCGACGGUUCGAUUCUCGGUCCGGCCUCCAGCUCCCGCGAGCCGGCAAUUUUCCAGCCUUUUGUCGUGCUCAGGGCCCAUUACGGCGACGGGAACCACUGUGCGAAUGGAGAGUUUGACGAGAGACACUUUGAACGCCAACUCUACGUGCUUCGCAAGCAUGCUACCCAUACCAU